CUCUUCUCAGAUGAGUUUGUUUCAGCUCUAGCUACUAGCAGGAAGCAGAGAAACAAAUCACUCCGCGGAUUUUUUUCGUUUUCCAAAUAUUUUUUAUUUUAUCUUUUUUUAAUUGUUUUUACAAGAACUUUUACUAUGCAUUGAGUGUUGUGGAAUUAAUAUUCAUUCAAUCAUCAUGGAUGGUCCAAGGUGGAUCAUCAUCUUAAUUUGUGUCAACUAUUUAAAUACAGUAUCUCUUCAACCUAAAGUAGUUUAUAAACCAACGGAGUAUCCAUACUCAAAAUGCUUUGAACAUGGUACGGAGCGAGUAACGUGUGAAAAACUAAAUUUCAGUAAAGAAAGACAAGAAAAACAAAGUGUGUGGCCGCCAGGGCCGUACGCAUUAAUAGCGGCCAAAUAUGGCUGCCCGGAGUCGCAGUCUCGGGGAUGGUUGGAAAGCUUUGCUUUGAUAAACGAUUCUACGAUUUCUUUUUGCGUGAAAUUCAGAAAUGAUAGCACACUUGACCAAGGACAAUGGAUUCCAGGAAACUACAGCAUUUUUAAAGCUGGGCCAUCAUGUCCUACAGGAUUCGAAGAGUCGAGCAUGUCAGUUUCCGCUCCUGACUUUAUGCUGGAUGGUCAGGUUUCAAACAUUGUAGUAACAAAAGACGUCGUGAACAUUGACUAUGAACUGGCUACAGAAAAGUACUGGAUUCACUAUUUCAUUGACUGUCAGCGGAUACUGGAAGUCGUAAUGAUUGAGCUGAAUACUUCAGCUAAA